CCUGGGUCCUGAGAGGGGAGCGGCGGCGGAGCCGGUUGGUUCCUGGAGCCUUUCCUUAGGGCUGGGAGCGGCGGGUGGUGCGGAGGCGGCGGCGGGAAAGGAGCGGAGCGGGUGUCCUCAGUGGUGCGCUGUCCCCGCAGGCCCCAGAGCAUGCUCUCCCUCCUGGCUAGGGCCGCCGCCGGGCCACUGCGCCCGCUAGGCCGCUUGCCCUUCUCUUCCCUGGCCCCGUGGUGGCGGGCGGCGGCACUGCCCGCCGCGGUGAGCCGGACCCUGCUGCCGCCGCCGCGGUGCGGGGCGGCCGCCCCAUGCGGCCUGCUGGCCCUCCCGCCGCUGGCCGGGCUGCCGCCGUUUGCCGCGGGGCUGAAGACGAAAACGGUGCUGAGGAGGCGCUGCAAGGACUGCUACAUUGUCCGGCGGCGGGGCCGGCUCUACGUCUGCUGCAAGACCAACCCCCGGCACAAGCAGAGGAAGCUGUAACCCGGAGGCGCUCCCGGCUGGGAGAGCUGCCGUGGGCCCCCCGCCGCCGGCGGGGAGAGGGCGAAGGCGGUGCUCGCCGGUCGGGCCUCGGCGUCCGGCUUUCUGGGACUGCUCCUUCCUUCUUUGGCUGCUCUGUGACCGCCGAGAGCUGACUGCUGGGGACACAAACCGGUGACAAAGUUUCCUCUGAACGCUGAGGUGGAGAGAGUUGAAUUUUUGACGGCCCUCGCUGUAACUUCAGACAAUGAAUGCUUGGAACUGAAGUGGGAAGGAAGCCACAACUUUCGAGGCCUCUUGUCAUCUUAGCCAUGAAGCCUUACUUAAAAUCACCUUGCUGUGAAGUUGGGAAGGGCAUAGCUGGAUCGUUGGACUCUGAGAUCCAUUUGUGUUUAAUUAAAGAAAAUGAAAAUAAACGCUGCUGAUUGUGAAUUAUUACAAAACACUUUUUUUAAAAAAAAAACAUAGAUGUUGGAAGCUGUGAUAACAGAACAAAUAGUUGCAAACUCGGGUGGACUUCUAAGUGGCAAAUAAUAUUAAAUGCUACAUUGAAAGACGGU